AUGGCCUUGCUCCUAGUGGCCUUGCUCACAUUCCUGAGCUUGGGCUCAGGAUGUCAUCAUCGGAUCUGCCACUGCUCUAACAGGGUUCUCCUCUGCCAGGAGAGCAAGGUGACAGAGAUUCCCUCCGACCUCCCCAGGAAUGCGGUUGAACUGAGGUUUGUUCUCACCAAGCUUCAAGUCAUCCCAAAAGGAGCAUUUUCGGGAUUUGGGGACCUGGAGAAAAUAGAGAUCUCGCAGAAUGAUGUCUUGGAAGUGAUAGAGGCAAAUGUGUUCUCCAAUCUGCCCAAACUACAUGAAAUUAGAAUUGAAAAAGCCAACAACCUGCUAUACAUCGACCCUGAUGCCUUCCAGAACCUUCCCAACCUCCAAUAUCUGUUAAUAUCCAACACAGGUAUUAAGCACUUGCCAGCUGUUCACAAGAUUCAAUCUCUCCAAAAGGUGUUACUAGACAUUCAAGAUAAUAUAAAUAUCCACACAGUUGAAAGAAAUUCUUUCGUGGGGCUAAGUUUUGAAAGUAUGAUUCUAUGGCUGAGUAAGAAUGGGAUUCAAGAAAUACACAACUGUGCAUUCAACGGAACCCAACUAGAUGAGCUGAAUCUAAGUGAUAACAAUAAUUUGGAAGAAUUGCCUAAUGAUGUUUUCCAGGGAGCCUCUGGACCAGUCAUUCUAGAUAUUUCAAGAACGAGGAUCCAUUCCCUGCCCAGCUAUGGCUUAGGAAAUCUUAAGAAGCUGCGGGCCAAGUCAACUUACAACUUAAAAAAGCUCCCCAGUCUGGAAGCUUUUGUAACACUCGUGGAGGCCAGCCUCACCUACCCCAGCCACUGCUGCAUCUUUGCCAACUGGAGGCGGCAGAUCUCUGACCUGCAUCCAAUUUGCAACAAAUCUAUCUUAAGGCAAGAAGUCGAUGAUAUGACUCAGGCUAGGGGUCAGAGAGUCUCUUUGGCAGAAGACGAUGAGUCCAGCUACGCCAAAGGAUUUGACAUGAUGUACAGUGAGUCUGACUAUGACUUAUGCGAUGACGUGGUUGACAUCACUUGCUCCCCCGAGCCAGAUGCAUUCAAUCCAUGUGAAGAUAUCAUGGGGUAUGGUAUCCUCAGGGUCCUGAUAUGGUUCAUUAGCGUCCUGGCCAUCACUGGGAACAUCUUAGUGCUCUUAAUACUGAUCACCAGCCAAUACAAACUCACAGUCCCCCGGUUCCUGAUGUGCAAUUUGGCCUUUGCCGACCUCUGCAUUGGGAUCUACCUGCUGCUCAUAGCGUCAGUUGACAUCCACACCAAAAGCCAGUACCACAACUACGCCAUUGACUGGCAAACUGGAGCAGGCUGUGACGCUGCCGGCUUCUUCACCGUCUUUGCCAGUGAGCUCUCAGUCUACACCCUGACAGCCAUCACGCUGGAAAGAUGGCACACCAUCACCCACGCCAUGCAGCUAGAACGCAAGGUGCAGCUCCGCCAUGCUGCCAGCGUCAUGCUGGUGGGCUGGAUCUUCGCUUGUGCAGUCGCCCUCUUUCCCAUCUUUGGCAUCAGCAGCUACAUGAAGGUGAGCAUCUGCCUGCCUAUGGAUAUCGACAGCCCCUUGUCACAACUGUAUGUUAUGUCCCUCCUUGUGCUCAACGUCCUGGCCUUUGUGGUCAUCUGUGGCUGCUACACUCACAUCUACCUCACAGUGAGAAACCCCAACAUCACAUCCUCCUCUAGCGACACCAAGAUUGCCAAGCGCAUGGCCAUGCUCAUCUUCACUGACUUCCUCUGCAUGGCGCCCAUCUCCUUCUUUGCCAUCUCUGCCUCCCUCAAGGUGCCCCUCAUCACUGUGUCCAAGUCAAAGAUCCUCCUGGUCCUGUUCUACCCCAUCAACUCCUGUGCCAACCCCUUCCUCUACGCUAUCUUCACCAAGAACUUCCGCAGGGAUUUCUUCAUUCUGCUGAGCAAGUUUGGCUGCUAUGAAAUGCAAGCCCAGACCUAUAGGACAGAAACCUCAUCCACUGCCCACAACUUUCAUCCAAGGAAUGGCCACUGCCCUCCAGUUGCCAGGGUUACCAAUGGUUCCAAUUACACACUUAUCCCCCUAAGCCAUUUAGCCCAGAACUAA